AUGACUUCAACUACUGGUUUAGCAAUAAAAGAUGCAAUAUUAAUAAAACUUAAAGAAGUUGGUCUUAGCAUAGAUAAUCUUAGAGGACAAGGUUAUGAUGGAGGAGCAAACAUGUCUGGUAAACAUAAUGGUGUCCAAAGUCUAAUUUUAAAUGAGCAACCACUAGCAUUCUAUACGCAUUGUUUUAGCCACUCUUUGAACCUUUGCUUAUACAAGGCCUGUAAUGUUCCCUCGGUCAAAAAUAUGAUGGGAAUUGUAUCAAGUAUUGCUGCUUUUUUUUCUGCUUCAGCUAAGAGAGCUGAUAAAUUGAAAUCAGUUAUUUUAGGCGAUAGCAAUAAUUCACAAAAAAAAGAAAAAUUGAAAACACUGUGCGAGAUACGUUGGAUUGAGCGUCAUGACGCAUUGAUUACAUUUAAACAAUUUUAUGUUUAUGUAGUGCAUGCUCUUGAAGAUAUUUCACAUGAUCCUAAUCCUGAAAGCUCAUGCAAAGCAGCAUUAUAUUUAAAUUCAGUGACAAAAAUUGAUUUUCUCGUUGCACUUGAAGUUACAGUAACUUGUUUUGCCUACACUUUGCAACUCAGUAUUUCUCUUCAGAGCAAACAACAAGAUAUUUCUAAAGCAUUAUCCGACGUAAUGGUUAUUCGCAGUGCACUAGAAGAGCUUCGAGAAGGUGCAGAUGGACACUUUAAACAAAUUUUUAAGGAUGUUUCUGAUAUUGCAAAUUUAGCGAAUGUAGAAAUAUGCAUGCCUCGGAUAUGUGGUAGGCAAACACAAAGAAUAAAUAUAAAUUCAAAAGAUCCAGAGACAUACUUCAAAGUAUCAGUGUUUCUUCCUUUUCUUGAUUUCAUCCUUCAAGAAUUGGAUGCACGAUUUAAUCAACGACUAAGCGAUAUAAUACCUUUACAGGGACUUAUUCCAUCAAAUUUUAGUAUGUACGACGAUGAAACUAUAUUGAAGGCUUCUAUCUAUGCUCAAGAUCUUUCAACUGAUGAUGAUUCUAUUCUUAAAGCAGAGUUGCGCAUUUGGAGACACCAAUGGAAAAAUAUGCAAAUUAUACCAGAUUCGGCCAUUGUUACCUUACCCCAUUGCACAGCUAUCGUACCAAAUAUUAAAAUACUCUUACAAUUGUUUGCAACAUUGCCAGUCACCUCAGCCACACCCGAACGUACGUUUUCAACACUAAAACGAUUAAAAACAUAUUUACGGUCAACCAUGUCGGAAGAACGACUCAAUGGAUUGGCAUUAACAAAUAUUAACAAAAAAGAACAAUUGAGUGAGGAUGAAAUAAUUAAAUUAUUUUCCAAAAAGGCACACAGAAGGAUGCAACUAGAAGACUGGAGCAAAUAA